AUGUGGUGAGUGACGUUGAAGCAACGGCGAAGUCUCAUUCUUUCUGUUGGUAGAAAUGUUUGUGAAGCUGCAACUCUUGUACCCCCACACUCCCUUAUUCGCAAACGGAAACAAUGCUUCUCCAUCAGAGAAAGCAGAACACUUUACCCACACAAACAGAAAACAGAGACUACCGCUUCAUAACGGAACCAGCACCGUUAAGAAGCAAGAGACCCACUUGAAGAAACGGGGUCUUGAGAAGAAUUCAGAUGAUGGGGUUCUCAGAAAGAGCAAAACGGAGACAGUGCACGCCAAGUGUUCGACGAAAUGGUCAUCUUAUGGUGGAUGCAUUCCAGCGAUUCUAAAAGCCUUGGACACGGUUCGUGACGUGGAUGAGGCUCUGAAGCCGUGGGAAGAGAGGCUUAACAACAAGGAAAGGAGCAUCAUUUUGAAGGAGCAAUUGAGGUGGGAUAGAGCUUUGGAGAUUUUUCAGUGGUUCAACAAGAAGGGUCAUGAGUUGAAUGUGAUUCAUUAUAACAUUAUGCUUAGGACCCUUGGUAAGGCACGCCAGUGGGGCUGUGUGGAGAGUUUGUGGAAUGAGAUGAAUGCAAGAGCCGUUGGUGCCACUAAUUCCACUUACGGCACCUUGAUUGAUGUUUAUAGCAAAGGUGGACUUAGAGAAGACGCACUUUUGUGGCUUGAUAUGAUGUUAAGACAAGGGAUGGAGCCUGAUGAGGUCACUGUGGUGAUUGUGGUUCAAUUGUACAAGAAAGCAGGAGAGUUUCAGAAAGCUGAAGAGUUUUUCAGAAAGUGGUCAUUAGGUAAACCGUUGAGAAGCAAAAAUAACAUGGUGGAUUCUCCAGAAUUGGAUGAGAGGUUGCCCAAUGCUAAUGCGUCUUUAAGCUCACAUUCAUACAACACCUUGAUUGAUAUGUAUGGAAAAGCUGGUCAACUUAAAGAAGCAUCUGAAACUUUUGUUGUGAUGCUUAAACAAGGCGUAUCACCAACCACAGUGACAUUCAAUACAAUGAUUCACAUUUGUGGAAACCAUGGACACUUAGAGGAAGUAAGUUUGCUUCUCCAAAAAAUGGAAGAGCUUCGACGCUCACCUAACACAAGGACAUAUAAUAUUCUCAUAGCUCUUUAUGCUAAGCAUGAUGAUAUAGAUAUGGCGACAAAAUAUUUUAUAACAAUGAAGGAUGCCUGCCUUGAGCCAGAUCUUGUGAGUUACCGUACCCUCUUGUAUGCAUACUCGAUAAGGAAAAUGGUUCAUGAAGCAGAAGAGCUUGUAACAGAGAUGGAUGAGAGGGGCCUUGAAAUUGAUCAAUAUACCCAGUCUGCUUUGACUAGGAUGUACAUAGAAGCAGGAAUGAUUGAACGGUCCAUGUUAUGGUUUCAGAGGUUUCAUCUAGCUGGCAAUAUGACAUCCGAGUGCUAUGCUGCCAACAUUGAUGCAUACGGUGAGCAUGGGCGCACUUUGGAAGCUGAGAAAGUUUUCAUUUGGUGCCAAGAAAGGAAGAGUCUCAGUGUUCUCGAGUUCAAUGUGAUGAUUAAAGCUUAUGGCAUAGGGAAAUGCUAUGAGAAAGCAUGCCACUUGUUUGAUAUUAUGGAGAAACAUGGUGUAGUUGCAGACAGAUGCAGCUUUAGUUCUAUCAUACAAAUUUUGGCCAGUGCUGACCAGCCGCAUAUUGCCAAAGCUUACCUGAAAAAAAUGCAGGAGGCAGGACUAGUGAGUGAUUGCAUCCCAUAUUAUGUUGUGAUUUCCAGCUUUGUAAAAUUAGGCCAAUUGGAAAUGGCUGACGGUAUAUACAAGGAAAUGAUUGGACAUGGUGUGCAGCCUGAUGUUAUAGUUUAUGGCAUAUUGAUAAAUGCUUUUUCUGAUGUUGGAAGGGUUAAAGAAGCCAUCAGUUAUGUUGAUGAAAUGAAAAAAGCUGGCUUGCCAGGUAAUACGGUUAUAUAUAAUUCUUUGAUCAAGCUGUAUACAAGAAUUGACAACCUGAAAAAAGCACAAGAAGCAUACAAGUUGCUCCAAUCAUCGGAAGAAGGUCCAACUGUAUAUUCUUCAAAUUGCAUGAUCAAUCUUUAUGUUAAGCGAUCUAUGGUUGAUCAAGCAAAAGUGAUAUUUGAGGCCUUAAAGAAAAAUGGAGCUGCAAAUGAGUUUACAUUUGCAAUGAUGCUAUGUUUAUUUAAGAAAAUUCAAAGGUUUGAUGAAGCCAUUCAAAUUUCAAAGCAGAUGAGAAAAAUGGGACUCUUGACAGAUUCGUUAAGUUACAAUAAUGUGCUUGACCUGUAUGCUAGUGCUGGGAGAUCCAAGGAGGCGAUAGAGACUUUAAAGCAGAUGGUAAGAGCUUCCAUUCAGGUUGAUGAUUGUAGUUUUAGAUCACUUGGAAUUCUUUUGCUGAGAUAUGGAGUAUCAAGACAGGCUAUUGGCAAAUUAGAAGUAUUGGUGAAAAAGGAUGCAUCCAAUGGCUUGCAGAAGUGGGUGUCGGCACUCUCAAGUGUGCUUCAAGUAGAUGAUUAUGAUAAUGACUAGACAAACCUUGCCUAUACAGGCAUGCAAAGUUCAGUUGAUUGUUUUAUGAGAAUGGAACAACUUGACAUCAUGUCAAUCCCCCCCAUUCGGUCACCAAUUCAAAUUUCCAAGGGGUUGAAGCUGUGAGAACAGAAACAACUUUGGAACAUGAUCUAUAUAAAUCUCGCAAUCUGACUGGGCAGAGGAAUGAGGACCACCUUGUACUUUUUCCAAAUGCAAAACAAGAAAUUCUGAAGCCCUAAGGCUUCCACACAAUGACAGCAAGGAAGAAUCCAAGCUCAAAUCUUUUAAAUUUGGAAGAACCUUGAGAUAGAA